UUGAGUGUUAAUCCGGCCCUGCUUCAGGGUCCAGUAUAGUCCAGUCCAGACUCCAGUCCGCUCUGAUCCACUCCUUCUUCUCCUCCGUCCCCAUCUCUUAGUGCCGCGCUGUGAUUGGACGCUGGCUGCUUGUCAGGAAGAAAGAGCUGCUGUGUUGAGGCCGAAAACUCAGACUCAAACAGGACCUGGACGGCACCGGAGUACCACCGUGUAAGGGAUAUAUACAGUACCGGACGGCUGGGUAGGCUUUAAAACACACCGAGCUUCACGCGGAGCUCCGACCGAGUCUCCGUGCCCCUGCUGCCGAGGCCGCCGCGGCUCAACGUCUCCCCGCCGACUGAGUGUCGCUGCCUGCUGGCCGCGGUAAUCCAGAGCCGCUGCUCCUAAUGAGAUUGAGAGGAGACUGAAGCCGCCGUGUGGCGACGCAGACGCCACAAACCUGUCUUGAGGUUUCAGUCUUUAUCCGGGAAACAUUAUCAGCUGUUGCUGCCGGCGGUCGGGGGGGCUAACAGCUCGCCGGACCGGACAAACAUCCCGGUACCGCUCCAACUACAUGGAACAAGUCAGCGGCGGAGCACCGUGUCAUUUUGCGCUAAAACUGUUAUGACAGAGCCAGCGUGUUUGUGAGGCAGCACCGUCGGAUUUAUUACCGGGAUAUAUUUCACAAAAGCAUCCAAAAAGCAGCAGUUUGAAGCCUCUGCAUCAGUGCCAUGAAUCAGCCUGGACAACAGCUGCUACCCACAUAGAGGUCACUUUACCUCUCUUUCCAUUAGCUUCGGUCCGGAGGAUGCUGGGAAUGUGUCGCGGGCGCAGGAAGUUCCUGGCGGCCUCUCUCGCCCUGCUCUUCAUCCCAGCACUCACCUGGCUUUACCUGUCAGUUGGAAGCUUUCAAGUGAAGCCCCUCCCCCUGUCUCCAUUGGAAGCCCAGUCAUCAACACCAGUUGGCGGAGCCGGCGAGCGGCAGGCCUUAGAGCUGCGGGUGCGAGCAGUAGAGGAAGAGAACCGGGCACUGCGCCGGGAGCUGAGCCGGCCACCCAGGAGCCCGUCUGCACGCCUUCCAAGCGGUGGUCACCGUGGCAACCAAAGCCGAACCCAUUCAGAGGAAGGCACCGGCGACAAUGAGGGCCAGAAAGCUGCUGCAGUGGGAAACAGCUCAGACUGUGUGCAGCAGCCAGUGGUGGAUAAGUGUGAGACCAUCCAUGUGGCCAUCGUAUGUGCAGGUUACAACGCCAGUCGAGACGUGGUGACACUGGUUAAAUCUGUCCUCUUCCACAGGCGGAACCCACUACAUUUCCAUUUCAUCACAGACUCCAUUGCUCAGCAGAUCCUGUCUUCUCUGUUCCAUACCUGGAUGGUCCCUGCCGUCAGGGUCGACUUCUACGACGCAGAUGAGCUGAAGUCUGAGGUGUCAUGGAUCCCAAACAAACAUUACUCUGGAAUCUAUGGGCUGAUGAAGCUGGUGCUCACAAAGACGCUGCCAUCUGACCUGCAGAGAGUCAUCGUCCUGGAUACUGACAUCACGUUUGCCACCGACAUCGCUGAACUCUGGGCCGUCUUCCACAAGUUCAAAGGUCAGCAGGUUCUUGGUCUGGUGGAGAACCAGAGUGACUGGUACCUGGGGAACCUGUGGAAGAACCACCGACCCUGGCCGGCUCUGGGCAGAGGCUUCAACACCGGCGUGAUUCUACUUCUCCUGGAUCGUUUGCGGAAGCUGAGAUGGGAGCAGAUGUGGAGGUUGACUGCAGAGAGAGAACUAAUGAGCAUGCUGUCCACCUCCCUGGCAGACCAGGACAUCUUCAACGCAGUGAUCAAACAGAACCCAUUCCUGGUUCACCAGCUGCCCUGCUUCUGGAAUGUCCAGCUGUCCGACCACACCCGCUCUGAGAAGUGCUACAAAGACGUGUCAGACCUCAAGGUGAUCCACUGGAAUUCUCCCAAGAAGCUGCGAGUGAAGAACAAGCAUGUGGAGUUUUUCCGGAAUCUCUAUCUAACUUUCCUGGAGUACGAUGGCAACCUGCUGCGGCGAGAGCUGUUUGGUUGUCCCAGCGAGGCCGACCACAACAGCGAGAACCUUCAGAAGACUCUGUCAGAGCUGGAUGAAGACGAUCCCUGCUACGAAUUCCGUCGAGAACGAUUCACCGUCCACCGAACGCACCUCUACUUCCUCCACUACGAGUAUGAGCCCAGCUCUGACAACACUGACGUCACUCUGGUCGCCCAGCUCUCUAUGGACAGGCUCCAGAUGUUGGAGGCGAUCUGUAAGCACUGGGAGGGCCCCAUCAGCUUGGCCCUGUACCUGUCUGAUGCCGAGGCCCAACAGUUCCUGCGCUACGCUCAGGGCUCCGAGGUGCUGAUGAGCCGGGGGAACGUCGGUUACCACAUCGUCUAUAAAGAGGGACAGUUCUACCCGGUCAACCUGCUGCGUAACGUGGCCAUGCGGCAGGUCAACACCCCGUACAUGUUCUUGUCAGACAUCGACUUCCUGCCCAUGUACGGCCUGUACGAGUACCUCAGGAAGUCGGUGGUGCAGCUGGACAUGGCCAACGCCAAGAAAGCUCUGGUGGUUCCAGCCUUUGAGACGCUGAGGUAUCGUCUCUCCUACCCAAAAUCCAAGGCUGAGCUGCUGUCUCAGCUGGACAUGGGGACACUCUUCACCUUCAGGUACCAUGUGUGGACUAAAGGCCAUGCACCCACUAACUUUGCCAAAUGGCGGACAGCCACCACGCCCUACAGGGUGCAGUGGGAAGCCGACUUUGAGCCGUACGUCAUGGUGAGGAGGGACAGUCCUGAGUAUGACCGCCGCUUUGUGGGCUUCGGCUGGAACAAGGUGGCGCACAUCAUGGAACUGGACGCACAGGAGUAUGAGUUUGUGGUGCUGCCCAACGCCUACAUGAUCCACAUGCCUCACGCUCCCAGCUUCGACAUCACCAAGUUCCGCUCCAACAAGCAGUACCGGGUCUGCCUCAAGACCCUGAAGGAGGAGUUCCAGCAGAACAUGUCGCGGCGCUACGGCUUUGCCGCCCUCAAAUACAUGACAGCUGAGAACAACAGCUAGCCACCACUGCGGUCCCUCACGUCUCCGGCCAUGAACUACUGACACUCUCCCACGGGCCGUGGAAGGAGGGGACGGGAACCGGAACCAGGAUACUUUUGAGACUUGAGUCCCUCGGAUUUUGUUUGAACGUUUGGCCCUUGGUGUGGGGUCUUUAUGUCCAUUCUUUGUCCUCUGCUGUGGAUGGAAGAAGAUAAUCCAGGAGAUCACUUCUGUAAAAGCUGUGAUUGACUGCUCGGCCCCAAACUGUGUGGGCCCCUGAGCUCCGGCCCUGAAAUCUGACUGACAGCCGGCAAGAAAGGCACACAUUCAAUGCCUUGCCAUAUUUGUAAGAGCAGUGACAGAGUUGUGGGCUGGGUGUAACAUUAUGUACGUGUGCGUGCGAGUGUGUGUGCGUGUGUACGUGCAGGUAGAUGAAAAGUGUGUUCCUCCAGGACCGUGCUUAGCGACAAAGCUUAAGGAGAUGUGAAGCGUCGUGGGCUUACAUUCUGUUUGCACGCCUUCCAAGUGCCGACAAAGAGCAGCGGCAGCCUGACUGACAGCACAUCCCGACUCAAAUGCAAAUCGUCACCAGGCGGCGAGAUAAGACAAAGCGGUAAACAUGUCCACACAGAUUUUGGAAAUCUCAUUGUGACGAGUGACACACACUCAGAUACCGCGGCGAGCAGCCAGCCAGCGAGCCGGCCGACCAUCUGCUGCUGCUUAAUUUGUUUCAUAGCUGAUGCAGAUCAGAAUAAAUCCUCCUCCUCGUAUGACAAGGGGAGUUAAGUGCAGAGAUGGCUGGAGGUCGUCCAUGCGGUUGAUAUUCAGGGUAUCUCCACAUCAGCCUGAGCGCGCUGCCGCGGAGUGUUUCCAGUGUUUUUUUGCAGAAUCUGACAGCAGCUUUUAUUUUGUGCGUUUUAAUUUGGUGCCGUCUGCACAAACACCUGCUUGGAAGUCCUGUCACUUUGCGAAGCCGACCGCCCCGCCACACCGAGCACAGCACCAAUCACCGAGCCCACCAUAUUCUUUUCUUUCUAACAAUCAGUAUUAUUUAUCUGUGUGUUUACAGUCCUGAUGGGUGGAGCACCGUCAGGAGGGUCUGGAGGACAAGAAAGAGAGCAAAUCAACCACGUGCAGUCAGGAGAAACGCUCUUUCUUCCUCUCUCCCUCUCUCUGUUCCUUUCCACUCUGGCCUCUAGUUUAAUGACUUAGAGCGGUGUCCAAUAACACUGCAGCAGUGUGUGUUCUCCUGUUUGUGUUGGCACACACCAUCAGGUUGAGUGUGGUGAUCUGAUGUGGCUUUGUUAGGGAUAUUAUAACUGCUAUAGCACCUGUGACAGACGAAUCUCCACCCAGUUAUCUAGAGAGAGUCAAGACAGGACACAGUACACACCACCCAAGCCUAGUGACUGCCAGUCUGUGUCAUACCUUCAUACGUAUGAGAUGUACGGUUUUACAGUGUAAGUAUUCCUCCCCUUUCUAGUAAUCUAGUUAGUAAGUUCAUUGGGGGGGAUUGGCUUCACCAUCAAGUGAGUGAGAGAGAGACCGUGUGCUUCAAGGAAGAGGGAGGUGACGGAGCAAUAGGAUCCCAACCCCUGACAUUUUCAGCAUUUCAGGUGAUAGAGAGACACCGUGCGCCACAGACCUUCAGUGUUAGGUGAGAGAGAGAGACUGUGCACCACAGAGCUUUAGUGUUAGGUGAGAGAGAGAGAGAGAGACACUAUGUGCCACUGAGCUGCAGUGUGAGGUGAGAGAGAGUUUGGUGUGCCUCUGACUGCUUGACAACUUUGUGAAAAUAAUAUUUUCAAAAUGUCGAUACGUUUUGUGAAAUAUGACUUUUUCAAAUUGCCCGAAA